GUGUAUUUAUAACUGUGGGGGAAAGGUUUGAAUGUGUACAUGUCAAGGUAAAUCAGACAGUCAGAGGCAGUAGAUGUGUGAGUGCGGGCGUGCACGUUUGUUGAAUGAAGAGACGCAAAUACACACCGCAGCAGCAGUCACAGGCACGUGGUCAGAACCCAACCCAACCCCACCCUACUGGGCUAGGUCUACCCACAACAAAACUAACCAAAUAUGAAAGAGGAAGAGAGAUGGGGGGUUCAGCAUCUUUUUGCCUAAAAUUAAUAGCCUUUACAUUUAAAAUAGAAUGUUCUAAAAGGGUAAUAUAUUCGAAGAAACACUCAGAAUCAAACAGACACACAUGCUUUCACUCAUGCACGCGCAUACCCAAACACACACCAAAAUCCAUCGCUUUGUUUUUCCCAGCUUUAUGGUGGUGGCACUCCUCCAUUAGGAAUUUGUAGUGGUGAGAGGAGGGGCGUUUGUGUAUGUGUGAAGGAGCAGUCGGUCUCCUCCCCUCGUCUCCCGCCGCCCCCCAUGCCUUUGUGUGCGCGAGGCUCUCUGUAAACGGCGGUUCUUCAAGUGAGAUAUCGGUUCUUCAAGUGAGAUAUCGGUUCGUUUCUGAGCGCUGUUUGAGUUUGUGUGGGCUGUUCGAACAUAGCGUGGCUGACUGGGACUGGGGUGAACCGGUAGAAGGCACGUGAAACCUCUGAGUUUAUUCACACAUGCGCGAUCAGAAGGGAAAAUAACGGAGAAAUAUCGAAUAUAUUUUCCCUUUCGUUUUACCCAUCUAUCAUUCUCUCGUCCUCUCAAUCCGUGGAGAAUCUGACCAACCCAAACAACCUACUGUGUGUGUAUGUGUGUUUUGGGAGCGUAAAACAACUGGCAGCGCGUGAAGAUGGAUUAACGUUUGAACGGAAAACUGGAGCAGCACGCUAGACCUCGGCGAGGGGGGAGGGCAAGACGGGCCUCUGCAAACACACACAACCCGCGGGACAGAGACUCUGAUUGGACCAACACCAGGAUGAUGUCGUCACCAAAAGCCAAGACCAAGAAGAAACCUCCCAAAGACAGCAUGACACUUCUACCAUGCUUCUACUUCAUAGAGCUCCCCAUCGUCCUCUCCUCCCUUGUCUCUCUCUACUUCAUGGAGUUGACAGACCUGUUGUCCCCGGCGACCCCUGGGUUCCAUUGCUAUGACCGUGACCUGUCGUUGCCCUACCUGGAGACAGGAGACGAACUGAUCCCUCUGCUGAUGUUACUGAGCCUGGCCUUCGCAGGACCGGCUGCCUCGAUCAUGCUAGGUGAAGGGCUGGUGUAUUGUUACCAGUCCAGAGUCAAACAGAGUAAAGCUGAAGGAUCCAUCAUCGCUGGAGGGUGUAACUUCAACUCCUUCCUACGGAGGACUGUUCGCUUUGUUGGUGUUCAUGUGUUUGGUCUCCUGGCAACAGCCCUAAUGACGGACAUCAUCCAAUUGGCUACUGGUUAUCCCACCCCUUUCUUCCUGACUGUCUGUCAGCCCAAUUACACGCUGCCUGGGAUAUCAUGUGACCGGAACAACUACAUCACACAGGACAUCUGCUCUGGGAAAGAUCUGUAUGCCAUCCUGUCAGCCAGGAAAACAUUUCCGUCCCAGCAUGCAACGCUCUCUGGCUUCGCUGCUGUCUACAUCUCUAUGUAUUUGAACAGUGUGAUCAGCAGUAGUACUAAGCUGGUGAAGCCGGUGCUGGUGUUUGGAUACUGUCUGGCGGCGGGUAUAGCCGGACUGACUCAGAUCACACAACACCGCUGCCAUCCCAGAGAUGUCUAUGUUGGCUACGCCAUAGGAGCUGGCAUAGGAGUCUACCUGUCUCUGUAUGCAGUAGGUAACUUCAGGUCAUCCGAGGAGGACUGCCUCCCCCAGCCUGUCCGGAGGGCUGCGUCCCCCCCCCAGCAGCAGAGGGAGGUGGUGGUGAGGGGAAGAGCCCAGAGAGGUCAUGCUUCUCAGCAUGGCUCUCUGUACCGCAGCAAAACACCCAGACCCUCAGACAGCAGGGAGGAACUGGGCACUGGACGCUGCAAGGUUCGUAGGGAGAAGGCCAGCGUAGCAUCUCUGAAGAGGGCCAGUGCUGACGUGGAGCUCCUGGCACCCCGCGGCCCCAUGGGAAAGGAAACCAUGGUAACAUUCAGCAAUACCUUACCCCGCGUCGCCAAUGGCAACAGCAGCACCUCGCCCCCCGGAGACGACCCCUCCAACCAGCGUCACAUGACCUUCCACCUGUCCUUCGACCCCCGCAGGUCACAACCAAGGCUGCGACCACCGCUGGUGCAGGAGUGGAGACAGCAGCGCUCUACGGAGAGACGGAGCGAGGAGGAGGGAGAGACGGACACAUCUGGCGGAGGAGAGGGAGGAGCAGGAGGAGGGGGAGAGGCAGGGGAGACAGGGGUGAUGAAUCCUCCCUCCCUCUAUCCGAUGGUACAGUCGGCCAAUAGAGCCGUUGCCACGGCUACCCCAGUGCCAGCCCCACCAGUGCAUAUCCCUAAGGAGGGGAUUAGACACCCCCCUACUGUCUCCCCUCUACCUCCUUCUGUCUCCUCUCUACCUCCCCCCGUCUCCCCUAAGAGCGCGGUGACGCGUGCCAAGUUGAUGUCACUUAACCAGGGAGGGGAACGAGUCAGGGAGGGUCCUAUCCCUGUGACGACUCCGCGUGUGCCCCACCAGCCGCCCAAUCAGCCGCGAGUGGCGCAGACGCCCGGCGCCUCGCCCUCCGGGUCGCCCUUCGAGGCCAGUGGCGGCGCGCUGCGGGAGCAGCACGUCAGGGAGGCGGGGGCUUGUCACGACUUCCGUCGAAGUUGGCUCCCCUGA